AUGGAAGACUAUAUUCAUAUGAUGUCCAAGCCUGCAUACUAUUUGAAGGCGGAUGGAUUUUAUCAGAUGAGAGUUCAAAAAUGGGAACCUUGGUUCCAUCCUGAAUAUGAAACCUCGACUGCCCUUCCAUGGAUAUCUUUCCCUUCAUUAGCUUCUAACUUUUUUGUUAAAGAGUCUCUUGUUACGAUGGAUAAAGCAGUAGAGAAACCAUUACAUGUUGAUAUAGCAAUGAAGAACAAGUCUACACCUAGUUGUGCAAAGGUGAAGGUGGUGGUUGAUUUGCUAAAAGACUUCCCUAAAAGAAUAAAUAUUGGUAUGAAGUGGUCGGGUACUGGAGAUAGCAUUGCAAACUGGAUCGAUAUAAAGUAUGACUACAUGCCAAAGUAUUGUAAAUCAUGCAGACUACAAGGGAACAAUAAGAAGGAAUGUGAAGUACUUCAUCCAGAUUUAAAACCAGUUAAGGAGAAUAAGGAAGAGGAAUCUGCAGAGACAAGUAUUACUGCUGCAAACAUGAAACAACAAGAGCAGUUGACAAAGGAUGCUUUAUGCACAGAUCUGGUGGUAGACAAGGGAAAGAAAGCAAUGAAAAUUGCAGUGCCAUCAAAAGAUGCAUGGAAUCAUGGUAGGAGGAAGAAUGAAAGGGCACAGAAGAGGACUCAAGAGAUUAUAAACAAGAAGGAGGAGCAUCAAGUGGUGAUCAAUGUUCAUAAGGAUAAUAAUGUGGAAUCAAAUCAUUCAUUUGCAAUCCUUGAUGAUCAAAAUGAGAAGGCAAUCAACCUGGAGGAAAAGAAGAGGCCAGACAAAUCACAAUCAGGAGGGGUUGUCACAAUUGAUGCAGAUGGAAGCAGUGGUUCAAAGCUGAUAAAGGAGAUAGAUGUAUCAACCAAUGAGGGAAUAGAGAAGACUGAUCAAAUAGAAGAACAAGUCCUCAAUAAUAAUGCAAACCAGUCUGACAUAGAUGGUAGAGAAGUUAAAAAGUUAGAAGAGUCAUGGAAGCCUGCAGAAUCAGAGGAGGGGCAAGAAUCAAAUGGAAAAAUGUCUAGUAGAAGCCAGGAAGCAGUGGUGGAAAAGGAGGAACCUGGUGGAUCAGUUCCAAAGACUCCAAGAAGUAAUUCCCCACAGGAAAUUAGAAAUGAUGAACUUAAAGAAGAUUUGCUUAAAGUUCAAAUUGAUGUGUGUCAAAAGAAAUCAGUUAACACUCAACAAUCUUUUGAGAGAUUAACUAAUCUGAACAGAAGUAAUAGAUACAGUAUUAUUGUCCUGAUGGAGCCUUUUGAAGAUUCUGCAGAAGUAGAAAAUUUUAGAAGGAAGUUGGGUAUGGAAACAGCUUUUGUCAAUAUCUCAGUGGGAGGUGACUUCAAUGUCAUAUCUUCAGAAGAGGAAAAGUUAGGAGGUCUGCCAGUCUCAUUUAAUGAAGUGGCAGAUUUCAAUCACUGUCUCAGCAGUUGUGGUUUACAGGAUCUUGGAUAUGUUGGUAGUACAUAUACAUGGUGGAAUGGAAGAACUGAAGAAGCAUGCAUUUUUAAAAGGUUGGACAGGAUGGUUUGUAAUGAUAAAUUGUUAGAUGUACUGCCCACCAUGAGUGUAUCUCAUCUGAUAAAAAAGGGAUCUGAUCAUUCUCCUUUGGAACUAGAGUGCUUAACAACUGCUGAGGUGAUCAUAAAGCCUUUUAAGUUCUUGAAUUUUUGGGUCCAACAUGAGAGUUUCCAGGAGGUUAUCAAGCAAAACUGGUGUAUAGAUUUUGAAGGAAAUCCAUUUACCAAGUUUCAUCACAAGCUCAAAAAGCAGAUAGCAUCACUUGAAGAGGUAAUCAAAGUCCAUGAGGAGCAAUUUGAAACAUCUCCUACAGUGCAGAAUAGAGAAAGACUACAUAGGAAAUCAGGAUUGGCAUGGUUUCAAGAUGGAGAUAGAAAUUCAAAAAAAUUCCAUGCUUAUGUAAAGGGAAGAAGAAAGAAACUCGGAGUGCAUAAUAUCCAAGAUGAUAAUGGAAACUGGCUAACCAAUCAAGGGGAAAUCUCACAAGAAGCAAUCAGAUUCUAUCAGAAACAGUUUGAAGAAGAUAGAAUCCUUUCUAAGUUUGGUCUACUAAAGCAUAUCCCUACUCUAGUCACAGAAGAGCAGAAUCACAAGAUAGAGAUGUUACCAACUGAAAAAGAAGUCAAAAAAGCAGUUUUUGCCUUGAAUGGAGAAAGUGCUUGUGGUCCUGAUGGAUUCACAGGGUUGUUCUUUCAAUCCUGCUGGGAGAUAGUCAAACUAGAUGUGGUGGAUAUGGUGAAGGCAUUCUUUGUGGGGAAAGAACUACCAAGGUUCAUCACUCAUACCAACCUGAUUCUUAUUCCUAAAAAAGAGCAGGUGCAAAGCUUCUCAGAAUUGAGACCAAUCAGUCUCAGCAAUUUUACUAACAAGAUCAUCUCUAGGGUUCUGCAUGAAAGAUUAGUGAAGCUGCUGCCAGGAUAG